GCCGGCGGGGCGGGCGGCCGGGCCCUGCCCGCGGCGCUGCCCCCCGCGGGGCUGGGCGGGCGGGCGGUCCCCGCUGCGGCUCGGCGGCUUCUCCUCCUCCCCCUCUUCCUCCCCCUCUUCCUCCUCCUCCUCCUCCUCCUCCUCCUGCCGGCCGCUGCAGAGCGGGGGCUGCGGGCGGAGCGGCGGCGCCAUGAGCGGGGCGGCGGCGAAGAGCGAGAAGCUGGACGAGGCUCAGGCGCUGGCCCGCAGCUGCGCGGGCAGACCCGACUUCCAGCCCUGCGACGGGCUCUCGCUCUGCGCCACGCACAGCCACGGCCGCUGCUUCCGCCUGCACUGGUGCUGCCACCUGGGCUGGUGCCACUGCAAAUAUGUCUAUCAGCCCAUGACACCUGUAGAGCAGCUUCCCAGCACCGAAAUACCUGUUCGUCCUCGGGAGUCUACAAACACAAUCCAGAUCUCCGUUUCCCUCACCGAACACUUUUUGAAGUUUGCGCCUGUCUUCCAGCCCCCUCUGCCCCCUGAUUCCCCGCAGUUCUGCACGAUUGCAGACCUCUUCAUUGACAAUUACCGAGUGAAAUGCAUCAAUGGGAAGAUGUGCUACGUGCAGAGGCAGCCUCCACCUGUGCCCCACAAGAUAAAGCCCGAGGAAGUCCCUGUUCGCAAUGCCUUAAUCACAAAAGAGAGCAAUACACCAAAACCAGAUCACUGCUCAUCCCCUUCCAGCUCUGAGGACUCUGGGAUCAAUGCGGUGGGGGUUCACUACAUCGAGUCAGGUGAUGAGGACACGGAAGGGGGUGCAGAGCUAAGUUCUGAAGAAGAUUACAGCCCCGACAGCAGCUGGGAGCCAGACGAAUGCCCACUCCUGUCACCCUCGCAGUGCGAAAUGGAAGUGAUUGAGACUAUAGAAACCACUGUGUGAUCCAGCAAGGUGGAAGCAGACCAGUCCAGUUCCCACUCAGUAAUGUUGCUUUUGUAGUAUUUAUAUUUUCUGUUUUUCUGACAAUCCCUUUUUUCCAGUGCACUUGAUUUUUCAGAUUCCUCAUGGGAGCGUGGUCAUGGGACUCGCAUAUUGGUGAGCUAGCAGCAACCUGAGCAAUUUUUACGUGUUCUCAGCCCAAUCAAAUCUCCCAUGUCUGCACGUAAGAUAGUGAUAAAUUGUAAGACUUUUAUAGCUGAACAAGGCCCUUUUCUGGGUCUGGAUUACAUUGUAUACUCCUAUUCAUAUGAAGGUGUGCCACCCGUGGUGUUUUCAUCUGUCAGGCUGUUUGCAGCAGGCCUUCAAAGCACAGAGGGUAAGCUGGUGCAGCACACCUGUGAGCAGCAAAACCAAGUUGUCCUUAUUCUUUUACAUACACAGCUACGUGAGGUGCGGAGACAGGAGGCUCUUUCCGUCUCUGUCUGUCCUUGCGCAUUGCCCAUCCCUUUCUCUAAUGCUGGGUGCGACCCAUCUCGAAUGCUGUUGGCACCACUCUUCCAGCGGGUUGGUAUGGCAGGCUAGAGAAUGCACAAAGUGCCUCCAACUUUUCUCCAGGCUAUGCACCAAGCAUCUGCUGAGUUGGGUCAGGCUCUGAAAUCUACUGAAAAGGCAACGUCUGCUCCUGAGGUUAAUCACUUGCCUGGAGCCAGGCAGUCCUUUCUCUACAUGGGUCUUGGGGAAGGGGAUCUGGCCUUUGCAGCUCAGCAGGAGGGAGUAGGUAGGGAGGAAGUAGCGCAGCAGUCUAACCAAUACCAUUCUAGACUGAGGUGUGAGACGAUAGCUGAAAGGCAGUGACUACCUCCAAAAAUGCAGGAUCAGCCCUCAGCUUUGCCUGCUGCUUCCUCCUGUGCUGUUUGGUGCAGGACCUGCGGAGCUCAGCACCAAAUGGCCUCCGGGCCUGUGUUUGCCUGAAGAAUAGCGAGUUAAAAAAAAAAAAAAAAAAAAUUGUUCUUCAGCCGCACCACUGUGUUGGCAGAGCUUGGGACAGCGUGGCGGUGGGGCUCAUCAAAAUACAGCCUAAGGUCGUAAUAACCGGGAAAGCAAGCUUUGGCUUUGCUCUCCUUUUCAUCCAGUUCAACAGUGGAUUCUAAACAAGAUUUUCCUUAAAUAGCUGGAAACAUAAGAGCUGUUUUGCUGGUGGCUUUGUUUCAGCUAUGCUUGAUGAAACAAAAAUGUCUUUCUCAGAAGAUUUCAGUCAGCUUGAAUCAGUUGGAGUCAGUAAUAACUGUGUUUUCAGCAGCAUUACUGAAUUUCUUUGUGUAUUUACUGUUUACGUUUCAAAAGUCAUUGGUGAAUAUAAGGCUGUAUAAAUGUGUACAGUUUAGUGACUGAUACUAGAUUGUAGUCUGUGUUAUAGAAUGGCUCAUCUCUCUCACUGUAUCCUGACAAUGUAUUACUAAUUUUAUACACUUUGUAAUCAGUACCUUUAGAAAAUGUUUAGGUAACAAUGUGUGUGCGUGUGUGUGUGCGCGCGUGCACAUGCGCGUGCGCUAGGAAUUUAACAUAAAUGGUUAUAAAGUAAUCCUGUACUUUUUAGACUAACACUUUCAGAUAAAAAUAAUAGGUUUUAUAGUUUUGAUGACUUAUAUAAAAGUGCAAUGCUUGUUAAAUGAGGAAUUUGGGCCAUUGCAUGAACAGAUACAUUCUCACAAGGCACUUAAAAGUAUUCUGUUGUUCUGAGGGCAUUUAAAUGAAGUCCGUAGUAAACACUAAAUAGGAUUUAUUUAUUUUUUAAGGGUGGGGUUGUCUUUCUUGAUUAACCAAGGUUUCUAACAAUGUUUUACUGUCUUUUGACCAUUCAGACACAUUUCAUAGGUAGAAGAGAACAUUAUGUAUAAACCUACAGCAUUUAAUCAUAUUUAAUCUUUCACUUGUAAUCUGAGUGGAGAGCUGCAAACGCUCACUCUUGCGCCUGGCCUGCCCGAGCUUUCUCCCCGGAGGAGGCUUUUCCUGGGCAGACGGGGUGGACUGGCGGAUGCAUCCUCCCAGGAGCUAACGGCAGCGGGGCCUUUCCGCAGAGGCCAGGGUGGUUGCCACCCGCUGCCGAGUGUGGGGUGCCAAGCACAGGAAGGGGCACUAGGACCCUCUUCCUUGGCAAGAGAGAGCAAGCAGGGGCCUACUGCUCCUGCUCUUAGGGGGCACCUGCUGGGAGGAAAAUCGGUUGGGCAGUUAUGCCCAAGACUUACCCUAAGAUCCUGUGGUCUUGCAGCUUCAUAUCACUGUCGUCAAGAUACAUUCUUUCUUAACUGUAAGUAAUUAGCAAUAUUCACAAGCUGUGAGUAUCUCCUACCAGGAUUUGUUCGGAUGUCUUAAGCACAAUAAGCUGCCUCUCCCUUAUGUUGUACCUGUAAAACUUCAGUGGAGCAGCCUGGUGUGAGACAGGGCUAGUUCUGGGAAGCGUUUUAGCAGCCAGCACUGUGGCACCUUUCUCACUAAGCUCACGUCACGCACCCUAGUUCAGAAACACGGUCCUCACAGAAAUGGGAUUUCUUUUCUUUGCACAAACAUGGGCAAAGGUCUGCUGUAAAAGACUUGCCCUGAGCUAGUUGCUCCACUCUGUGAGGGAGAGGUGUGUAUGUUUCUUCUUUAAUAAAAUACUAAACAACUGAA